AUGGCACCUUUAUGUUUAGGAAUCUUCUACAAUGUCAUGUACCUUCCUCCAGGUCUGGACCCUGACAUGACCCGGACCACUGGACCUCACUUAGAGCAAGGAGAAGCCGGUAAUAGCCAUAUUGGUGGGACGGGGAGCCAAAGAGUGCAAUCAUCAUCAGGAGGAGGGAGCAGUGACGUAGCCCCUGCCUGUGUCUCCUUUGGAAUCUCUGAAGAGGGUGCUGAGCAGGCACAGAGGUGGGACUCGGGGUCUGACACAGCUCUGUGCAGACCAAACCAACACAGGGCAAGGCACACGCGGCUCAGCCAAUCAGAGAGACAUGUCAAGGAGACCAAGUCCAAAUGCAAACGCAUUGCUCUUCUUCUAACUCAUGCACCCAACCCUUGCAAUAAAGGAGCCUUGUUGUUCAAGAAACGUCGCCAAAGGGUUGAGAAAUAUACCUUCACAAGCUACGGAACCGGUGAGAACAAAUCAACCAACAACAAAACAGAGGACGCAGAAGAUUUAUCUGAGUACAACUUUGUAUCAACAAGUGAUUCUGAGUUAGAGGAAGAGUAUUCUGUUCAUCAGCCGCAGUUUGAAAAUUGUUGUAACUGGAAAAGUCAGCACGAGAUGGAAGGUUUGCCAGCAACUCAGGGAAAAGGGGCUUUGAUGUUUGCUCAACGCCGAAAGCGCAUGGACGAAAUUGAGUCUGAGAAUGAGGAACUGAGGAGCAAAGGAAUACCAGUGGAAGAUGUGUCCAGCCCCCAGAACAACUACUCAGAAGAGCCAGUCGACUACCAGGAUACUUCCAAUGUCCCCUCCUCCUUGCUUCAUGCCCAGCCAACUACAAAUAGCUUCAGUCUGCAGCAGUCUCGAUCUCCCGUGCUUGGACGAAGUCUCUCCAUGAGUUUGCCCAGACAGAGAUCCAUGUCCUCUCUCUCUGCUGUACCCCAGAGACAGGCAUCCAUGAUGGAAAAGUCGUUCAAGCCGCCCACUCCAUGGGAGGCCGCAUCCCGGAGCCCCAUUGGUUCUGUGGACGAAGCUUUCAUGUUUCCGAGCGGCUCGUCAUCCAUUGUGUCCAGUGUGAAAGCAGCCGGGCACCGCAAGUCUCUGCCAGAGCCCCCGGAAGAAUGGAAGCGCAGGGUCUCUCUUGAUCCCACACCUGUCACGAGAGACAGGAGCACAGAUAUCCAAUCGAAAAUGUCACAGUUCUGCACAAUGUCAACCAGCGAGAGGAAGAAACGAGCCGCUGCUAUUUGCCGAGAGGUUCGCGGCACGGACGGUGACACAUUAGACCUGGGAAAGAAACUCAGCACUCCAAAGGACAUCAUGCUGGAGGAGUUAUCUCUGCUCUCCAACAGAGGCUCCAGGCUUUUCAAAAUGCGACAAAGAAGAUCAGACAAAUAUACGUUUGAAAGUAUCCAAAAUGAGGCUAAUUCCCUGCUCAAUAACGACUUCAUAGAUAUGAAUACUCACACAGUGGAAAUCACAGUUGACGCACCCGACCAGCAAAAUACAAAUUCUGCAACCAGCGUCUCAGACUCUGCAGCAGAGAAACUGAGUGCUGAUGCUUUGCACAAGUGUUACCACUCUCCCUGGGAGGAGGCCAUCCUGAGUGACCCUGACCUGGCUGAAACACUCCGAGCGGGAAUGCCUGGCCCUGACCCCCGCCUGGAGCUGCCUGAGUACAAGUGCUUUAACCGAGUGGCCACACCAUUCGGGGGGUUUGAGAAGGCUCCCAGAGGAAUCACGUUUAAACUCCCAGGGCUGGACCUGAACCCGCCCAGUUAUCCAGAGCUGCAAGAGGGGCUGAGGCGGCCCACCUUCAACAGGACGGCCCAGGGCUGGAUCUCAGAGGGCACCCACAUAAUCGUGCCCACCAUCACUCUUCAGCCGCCCGCAGUGCCAGAGUCUGACGACCUGUGA